AUGAAGACGCUGGACGAAGGGAUGGGCCGCAUUCCAGAUGGUAAGCAAACACAGCUUGAAAGUGAAGCUCAAAUCCCAGCAAACUUGAACCAGCAUGAGGCAGCCGUCCGCCCCUGUUCCUGGUCUCUGCAGACGCUGUUACACAUGUUGAAGGCCAUGGAAACCAAGCAGGAUGAAAAUUUCACCAACAUCCUGAACGGUGGGGAGUUUGGCACAUUCCAGCGGAGGCUGGUGGCCCUCACCUUCAUCCUCAACAUCCUGUUGGCCUUCUUCAUGUUUGCUGACACCUUCGUGUUCGCAGCCCAGAAGCCCUGUUGUAACACCAGCUGGAUACUAGGUGGCCCCAACCAGUCAGAGGCUGAGCAGCUGAAUCUGACUCUCCCCUGGGAACCCAAUGGCAGUUUCCAGACAUGCCUCAUGUCCUUGCCUGUCGCCUGGGAUCUGGAUUCCAUCAUCCAGUGUGGCCUCAACGACACACAGUCAUGCCAAGAUGGGUGGAUUUAUCCUGACAGCAAGAAGCGAUCACUGAUCAAUGAGUUUGACUUGGUGUGUGGCAAGGAACUUAACAUGGACACGAUGCAGACCCUGUUCCUGCUGGGUGUCCUGAUAGGUUUGCUUGUCUUCAGGUUCAUAAGUGACAAGCUGGGCCGCUACCCGUCCAUUCUGCUGUCUCUGCUGGAGCUAAUCAUCUUUGGCUGCAGAACAGCCUUCCUCAACAGCUUUCACUAGUAUCUGUUCUUCUGUUUUGGGGUGUCCCAGGCGCUGGUGGGCUACAGCAUCAGCAGCGUAUCUUUAGUCACUGCGUGGCUCGUGGGUGAGCCCUGGGCCCACGCCAUCAUCCUGGCACACUGCUUUUUCUCUGUGGGCAUCGUGUUCCUGACGGGGCUUGUCUACAGCAUUCCCCGCUGGUGGCUGCUGUUUCUGGUUGGUGGGGCACCUGUAUUCCCCCUCAGCUUCUAUAUCUGGAUUCUCCCGGAGUCCCCGUGGCUGAUGAAGGAACGGAGAGUAGAGGAGGAGCAGGUGCGACGCUCUGCCGCUGACGUGAACAAGACGACCAUUCCUUUCAGUUUGUCGGACAAGGUAAGAGGCCUGGGGCCACAGCUGUCUGGAAAGAAGGUGGCUAAUGCCUCAGUCCUGCACUUCUACAGCGACAGGCGACUGCGCAAAGUGACUUUGAUGAUGGGCUGCGUGUGGUUUACUUGUCGGUUACAGCUAUUUCACGCUGAACUUCAAGAUGAAGGAUUGGGUAUGAACGUCCACAUCAGACAGGUGAUCGCGGCACCGUGGAGGUUGGCGCCGGUGUAUCUCCUGGAGCAGAUUGGGAGGAAGUGGAGCCUGGGUGUGACGCUCUUCCAAAGCUUCUUCAUGUGUUUAUCCUUAUCUUCCCUCCAGGUGCAGCCCACCCGCCCAGGGCCCUCGGUGCCGGCAGCCGCAGCAUCCUACCCAGCCAGCAUCACUGCCUGCGUCUUCUCCCUGCACACCCCCUCAGCGUUGGGGCUGUUGUCCCUGGCCUGGGUGGCUGGAGCCGUCUUGUCGCUGACCCUCAUCAGCCAGAGCCUCACCUUCCUGGCCAGUUUUCUCAGCUGCCUCUCAGCCAUCUUGCCCUUGUCCCUCUCCUCCCUGCUUCCAGAAACACAUAACCAGCCCCUUUCCGAUAAUCUGGACAACUACUCCCCACAUACAAGUGACAUUGAAGGACAUUUGAAGGAAGUGACAUUUGAGUAG